AUGUUACUUCAAAACGUCAUUUGCUGGAUCGGCUCCAUCCUAGGUAUCGGGAACUGUGAUUCCACCGCCGCCGUGGCCGUCACCGUGGACAGCACUGUCCUGGUCAUUGCCCGCAACGACGUUGAGGCCCAGCAGGCCACGCUUGGUCUCGAUGGCUACGGCAUCUCUUACGAAAAACUCUUGGUUCCCCAAGCUGGCGCGCCUCUGCCAGUGCUAAACUCAUCCCUUAUUCAAGGUCGCUACGGUGCCAUCGUCACCAUCAACGAUGUUUCGUAUGAUGUCAACGCAACCUGGAUAAGCGCCAUCACCGACCAGCAAUGGUCGCAGAUCCAUUCGUACCAGUCAGCCUUUAACGUUCGGAUGGUUCGUCUGAAUGAGUAUCCCAAAGCCGAGUUUGGUGAGCAAGGAAGCGCCAACUUUACCUGGGAAAUCGCCAGCUUCGAAGCAGCGGGAAGCUUCACGACCAAGACAACUGCAGCCGUUAUUAACAGCCUCGAGGGUCGCCAGCAGAUGGUCUGGUUCAUCAGCUGGGCGCCCGAAUGGUCGGCGACGACAAACUACCUGCAGCACGCCUACAUUCACUGGAUGACUCGUGGUCUGUUUUCCGGCAAGCGCAAGACUCACCUAAGUGCCCAGGUGGAUGACGUUCAGCUCGAGACGGGGCUGUAUAAGCCUAACGGCACCGCCUUCAAGAUCCGGACGGGUGAUCUCGACGCACACGUUACGUGGCAGAGGAAUAUCAAUGCCCGUCUGCCUACCGGCUCAAGCUUCUGGCUCGAGAUGGGCCACAACGGCAACGGUGACAUUGACGAUGCCACCAAUACGACAACCGGAGCGACGCUGUGCAAGCCUGCGUAUGCAGUCAACUACGACUCCCCUCCAGACACUGCUCUCGAGUACAAGAAGACGCCCGGAACGGGCACAGAUCUCUGGCCGGCAGAGUUUGAAAAGUACGGCUGGUCGCUAACCUGUGCGCGUCUCAGUCCCCUGGCGGCCUGGUUCACGUCAUCGGCGAAUCUCAACGCGUUUGCUCACGUCUCACACACCUUUUCGCACGAGGAGCUGAACAAUGCAACGUAUCACGAUGCCGCGCGUGAGAUCGCUUUCAACCAGGCUUGGCUGAAGCAGAUGGGUAUCGACAGGGCGACCCGCUUCUCGCCCAAGGGCAUCAUCCCUCCGGCCAUCACCGGCUUGCACAACGCCGAUGCCAUCAAGGGCUGGACUGACAACGGCAUCGCUUACGUCGUCGGUGACAAUACCCGACCGGUGCUGCGCAACCAACAGAGCAGGUUCUGGCCCCUCGCGAGCACUGUGGAGUCCAACGGCAACACGGGCAUCACAAUCAUACCUCGCUACGCGACCACCAUCUACUACAACUGCGACAAGGCCGACUGCACUGUCCAGGAGUGGAAGGACACUUCGGCGGGCCAGGGCGACUUCACAUCUCUUCUGAACGACGCUCGCGCCACCAACACCCGCUAUCUGCUAGGUCUCCAAGCCGACCCUUAUAUGUUCCAUCAGGCCAACAUGCGGCAGACGGAUGUGGAAAGCAUCACUGUUGGCUCUCAGACCGGAAAAAUGUCGCUCAUCAUGAGCUGGGUCGAGACGAUCGCGCAAGAGAUGUACCGCCUGACGAACUGGCCCAUCAUCUCGCUCAAGCACGACGAUAUUGCCACCUAUUUCCUCAACCGCCAGGCUCUCGAUGCCUGCAAGCCCAAGGUUUCGUACACAUUCGCCGCCGACGGUAAUACCAUUGUCUCGGUCACCGUCACCACGAAGGAUAACACCUGCAGCGUGCCGGUGCCGGUCACCUUCCCAACCGGCACCGUGACAGCCAGCGGAGGCACAUCGACCCUCGAUAAGGUCGGCAGCGAGCCACCCAUCUCCUGGUUGAAGUUUUCCGGCAAGGCCAUCACUUUGAAGCUAGCGACGCCCGUAAAGAUAUAA